UGAUUUGAGCUGUACUUUGUCCUCAAGGCGUCACCACAAAUACAAGGGCACACAUACGCAUAAGCAUAGGAUAACACGGAUCCUCUGGGCAUCAACGUGUCCUGCUACUCCACCUCUACCACACCGCCGGUCACCUCGCGGCCUCCGCCGAUCGAAUCCUAGCUUGGCUGGCGCUGGACAAUGGAUUCCGGGAGCACGGAGGUCCUCGUUGAAAACAGCUGCUUCCGACUAUACAAGGACGGCCACAUCGACCGUCUCGUAGGCGCGGACGAUGUGCCCGCCGGCUUCGACGCCGACACCGGCGUCACCUCCAGAGACGUCGUGAUCGACGCCGUCACUGGCGUCGCCGUUCGCCUCUACCUGCCAGACGUCCAUGCCGCUGAAUCCGACGGCGCCGACAUCAGUACCGCCGCGGUCACGAAGCUCCCGAUCGUCGUCUUCUUCCACGGCGGUUUCUUCAUCGUCGGAUCAGCCGGCUGCCCUAGGUACCACCGCUACGUGAACUCGCUGGCCGCCGACGCCCGCGCCAUCGUCGUCUCCGUCGACUACCGCCUCGCGCCCGAGCACCUGCUCCCGGCGGCCUACGACGACUCCUGGGCCGCGCUCAACUGGGCGGUGUCCGGCGCCGACCCGUGGCUGUCCGAGCACGGCGACCUCGGCCGCGUCUUCGUGGCCGGCGCCAGCGCCGGCGGGAACAUAGCCCACAACAUGGCCAUCGCCGCCGGCGCGAGCGGCCUCUUCGCCGCGGCGACGCGCCUGGAGGGGGCGGUCUUGCUCCACCCUUCGUUCAGCGGCGAGCGGAGGAUCGAGACGGAGUCAGAGGAGUACAGGGAGAGCGUCAAGAUGCGGUGCUCCGUGAUCUUCCCCGGCGCGAGGGGCGGGCUGGACGACCCGAGGAUGAACCCGACGGCCGACGGCGCGCCGAGCCUGCGGACGCUGCCGUGCGAGAGGAUGCUGGUGAGCGCGGCGUCGGAGGACGCGAGGCUGCCGAGGAUACGGGCGUACUACGACGCCGUGAAGUCCAGCGGGUGGCGCGGGCAAGUGGAGUGGUUCCAGUCGGAAGGCAAGGGGCACGCCUUCUUCGUCGACGAGCAUGGCUGCUGCCGCGAGGCGGUUGCGCUCAUGGAACGAGUGGUUGGUUUCAUCGCCGGCUAUUAAUAGCUGGGCUCUCAAAUGUGAAGUGGUUUUCCGAAAAAUAAAUGUGAAGUGAUUCUGACUUCACUCAGCAUCUUUUAAUCAAGUUAUAUGAGAUGGAAACUUGUAUUUCCGACUCGGGGCAGUGACGGUGGAAAAUAAAAGCGCGUCUAAAUUCAUGAUUUC